AUGAACUUGACUAUCAAAAUGAAGACCUUUACCACUCUUAUUAUUACUACCCUAUACGGCGCCUAUCAAGCCAACGCCGCCUGCACUGCCAUCGAGACAGCCACGAACGGAGCCGUCGCUAGUCAAGUAAUCGCCGCUGGCGUUACGACAACUCUUCACGAUCAGCCUUGUACUGCGCUUGUUUCCUGCCCCACUAACGGCGUGGGUGGUAGGGUUAUCAACAUGAAUGCUGGUUGCCGAGCUGUCCAGAUCUCUUAA